AUGGACAUAAUAGACACACCCCAGCCUCCAUCUGUCUUAGGAUCGCAGCCCAAUCAGAAUCAAUUGCAGAAUGCAGCAUUUUCUCUCUGUGACAUGGAGCCUUUUGGAUACUAUAACGGAAACCUCACCACAACCCUCUCUGGGUCAGUUUGCUUAAACUGGUCAGACUUCCCUGAUUACAUUCAGCAGUAUCCAAAUCGGGGACUAGGAAACCACAACUACUGCAGGAAUCCAGAUGGGGGACCCACCCCUUGGUGCUUCUAUCAACUCAUUUCAGGAGCAACUGGCUGGGCAAACUGUGAUUGUAGCCAGGAUUCAGUGCGACUUACAGAAAGUGGCAAAGUGGAAGUAUACUACAAAGGGCUGUGGGGGACGAUCUGUGAUGAUGAGUGGACUGACUUGGAUGCCAGUGUGGUAUGCCAACAACUGGGGCUCAGUGAAAUUGGCACAGCCCUAAGACAGCGUCCUUCCAGUCCGGAGCUGUUACCCUUACAUCUUCAGUCUGCAAACUGUCGUGGUGAUGAGAAGAUGCUGUCCCAGUGCAGUUACCAGGAGAUAUUCAGAGCUUGUAUCCAGGGAACUGCAGGAGCCACUUGUGGAUCAUCUCAAGCUGUAGGAUCUCCCCUUCGUCUGGUAGGAGGCAAAAAUCACUUCGAGGGUCGAGUAGAAAUUUACCAUGAUGGCCAUUGGGGCACCAUCUGUGAUGAUCAGUGGGAUGACAAGGAUGCUGAAGUGGUUUGCAGACACUUGGAUCUCAGUGGAUUCUCAAGAGCCAUGUCUUGGGCUCACUUUGGGAAGGGAUCAGGCCCGAUCCUGCUGGAUGAAGUGGAAUGCUCAGGCAAUGAGCUUUCACUGGACCAGUGCAAGAAGAGUGAUUGGGGCAAACACAACUGUGACCAUAUUGAAGAUGCUGGGGUUAUUUGUGACACCUUUGUAGAAGGAACAAUUCGAUUGACAGAAGGCCUCCAUCCAAGUGAAGGAAGAGUAGAGAUCUACCACAAUGGAAGAUGGGGAUGUAUUUGUGAUGAUGGCUGGAAGACAGGAAUCAAUGCUCAGGUUGCCUGCAGACAGCUGGGCUUCAGUGGUCCUGUCAGGCUGGCAUCAAAGGGUGAAUUUGCGCCAGGCCAAGGUUUCAUCUUGCUGGAUGAUGUGGCCUGCAAAGGCACAGAAUCAUCUUUGAUGGACUGUCCCCAUAGUAACUGGGGUCAACAUGAUUGCUCACACGAAGAAGAUGUGGGAAUUCACUGUUCCCUGGUUAGCAACAAAAUCACUGAAGAUAAAACCGGGUUUCUGGUGCGGCUGGUGGAUGGGGACCACACCAACGAAGGCCACGUAGAACUUCUUCUGAAUGGAGAGUGGGGCAGAAUUUGUGCUGAAGGCUGGACAGAGAGAGCUGCAGCUGUGGUUUGCAGGCAGCUGGGCUACAGUGGUACUGCAGUCACCAUCUAUAGGCCUUAUUCAGAUGCAUGGCAUGUGCCCAUCCACCUGGACAAUGUGGAAUGCUCUGGCACUGAGCAUACUUUGGCAGAGUGCAUCAUCCAUCAAAGUGCUCAACACAACUGCAGGCAGAAGAAAAGUGCACGUGUGAUGUGUGACUACAUGAGAAAGGAGAGCCAAUUUAUAAGGAACGAUGGUUCCAAUAUUGGCCUGUGUGGUCUUCGUUUGACUCAGCACCGCAACCGAAGGAUAAUUGGUGGAAACAAAUCCUCCAGGGGAAGUUGGCCAUGGCAGGUGUCCUUGCGUCUGAAGGGGAUUCACAAAGAUGCUCGUUUGCUGUGCGGCGCAACUCUUAUCAGCAGUUGUUGGGUGAUGACAGCAGCACAUUGCUUCAAAAGAUUUGGGGUAGACGUUCGUCGCUACCUUCUGCGGGUGGGAGACCACCAUACCGGUGUGAGAGAUGAGUCGGAGAGAGAGUUGCCGGUAGAGAAGAUCCUCCUUCAUAGAAAUUAUCGGCCGAGCAAUAAUGAUAAUGACAUUGCUCUGGUCAGGAUGUGGGGCAAAGAGGGGAAAUGUCUUUCCUUCAAUCACCAUGUCUUCCCAGUUUGCCUCCCUGCUGGGAAGCAAAAAGCUGAAGUGGACCGAAAGUCUUGCGUCAUAUCAGGCUGGGGGGAUACAGGAAAGUCAUAUUCAAGGAUGUUACUCCAGGGAACCGUGCCUCUUCUUCCAAGAAAAGUCUGCACAUCUCGUUAUGGAAAGAAAUUUACUAAUCGGAUGCUCUGUGCUGGAAACCUUUCUGAAGACAAUCGGGUAGACAGCUGUCAAGGGGACAGUGGAGGACCAUUGGUGUGUCAAAAACCAAAUACACAAUGGGUAAUUCUAGGGAUUACUUCCUGGGGAUAUGGCUGUGGGCAAAAGGAUUCCCCUGGUGUUUAUACAAAGGUCAGCAAAUUUGUGCCUUGGGUCAAGAAAGAGACCAAAAUAAUAUGAGAACAGUCAACCCAAAGAUUGAUUUAUGGUGCUUUAUGAAGUAGGACUUAAAAUGCAAGGAGCCAUAGCUUUAAUCUUUAA